GUGCAAGUGCCGUGCAUGCAUUAUUUUUAUUCAAUUCCUGAAUGACGGCGACGUGAAAAGGGACGUCUGUCGGUAAAACAGUCAGUCCCUGAGUCUUUUGUACAAAUCAUCAUCACCUUGUCUACGGUCAAUCAUGAAUUUUUCCUAUGGUAAGCAGUUCACCUUUUAAAAAUACCCUAGGUUAUUUGAUCAACUGUUUCGGACAAUGAAAUGACACGUCAUUAGCAAAUGGUUCAGUGCAAGCUAAAACUGACAUCGUAGCGUAAGGACUUACCUACUGUUUCGCGCUUUUCUGAUUUGAUUUAGACAACGGUUGAAAUCUGCUUUUCACUAUUUUGACGCAUGCAACCAUGUCACUUUGUUAGUUUUAAUUCCAUGUGGUUACUUUUCUAUUUAUCUAAUCAGUCGCCCGUUUUGUUUUACUCCUGUCGAAAACCCAAGAUGGCGGAUCUAAUUGGCGGCUGUCUAGAAUCAUGAUGUAACUUACGGUCCUGUGCACAAUUUCGUUAGAGCACCAAAAAGACACGAAUGAGGGCCGUACGCCUCAAGAAAAACGCGUGAGGCCCUGAGUGCGAAACGAGGAAAAUGCUGCCAUGAACGCGUUUUUGCUUCGUCAGAAAAUUUCAAAAACACAACGGUCAUCUGAUAAAAUGCUUAUUGACUGAGUUAGGUCGGGCCGGACGGGAACAUUAAUAAUUCUCUAUUGUUAAAUAGAUAAUACAACUGUGGCGCCUUCUACCAGCCUAUCAACUUCACACACCGUGAUCAUCACAGUGCUGUACUCUCUGACACUCAUUGGGGCCGUGACAGGAAAUUUGCUUUUAAUUUUUAUCAUCAUUAAAAGGCGUGAGACAAGGACGUUAACUGGCUUCCUGUUCGUCAACAUGGCUGUCGCUGACCUCAUAGUAGCGAUUUUUGUCCUGCCUGCUACUAUGUCAACUCCUUAUACCGGAUCAAAGUGGUUGACUGGUCUCUUUGGAGACAUCACAUGCAGAGGAGUUUAUUUUGUCUUUCAUGUUACCAUUGCUGCGUCUAUUUUGAGUUUGAUGUUUAUGGCGAUAGAUCGCUACUUGGCCGUGCUAUUUCCUUUGCGAAAUUUCACCACAUUUCGACGUCCCAAACUCCUAACUCUUGUCAUUUGGCUGGUGUCUGUGAUAGUCAUGGUCCCAGUAGCCGUUAUGUGGACCGUGGAUCAACGUGGAGAUUGUGUAGCAGAGUUUACCGUGUUUGGAACUGACGAAAUGCAGGGUAUGCGUGGAUACUACCUAUACCUUUUCCUGUUGUUCUACCUAACUCCACUCUCUGUGAUAUCUGUGCUUUAUGGCCGUGUUUGCUUCAAAUUGUGGCGCCGACAGAUGCCUGGAUUGGUAACUUCAGAAACCGAGCGACGCAGAGGGGCAACAAAACGAAAAGUGGUGCGCACUCUUAUCAUAAUCACCGCUGUCUUCGCUGUUUGCUGGCUCCCAACUCAAGCAUAUCAUCUCAUUUUUGGAUUUGACUACGGACUUCAUGAACAGUCACCUCAAAUUGUAAUGUACAUGUGUUUUUGGCUUGGGCAUACCAAUAGCGCCUUUAACCCAUGGCUUUACAUGCUUUUAACUGAUAAAUUCCGCAGGGUCCUGCGAGAUUUCAUUCAUUGUAAAUUUUCCAGUUUGGGUCUCAGGCCAGAGACGUCGGUAAAGUACACCCAGAAUACUUCUGUCAGGGAUAACAGCCAUGUGAAACGACCUCCUUCAACGACUCGUCUGCGUGGAAAUGGCCUGCUUAAAGCCAGCGACGAGGAGGAAACUCCCAUAUGAUCUGACAAGGCUAGCCCCGAUGAGCAUUUCAUCAUUUCAUCCUGCUUAUAAAAAUCUGUUUCAUGGGAUACUUUUGCAUUGGGGUGUUUUACUUCUCUUUUGUAAAAGAAAUAUAAUACGAAUGAACCUGAGUGAGAGUUAAAGAGCGCUACAAUAUCAGAUCAGAUCGAGGUUCUCAGUGGU